AAGUAGCUCGGAUGCGGCAAGAGAAGUCUCAGAGUUUAGUUGAUCGAUUCUGGGGAGUUUGGAUGGAGAUUACUACAGUCUUGCUGGGCAACGUCACUUAUAUCCUCGUUUGGUAUCUAGUGCUGUUGGGAGGGAAUUUGUGAUUGUUGCUUUUCAAGGAACUGCCAAAUUUCAGCUAAGAGGCAGACUGCCCUCCUGCUGGCCAUGCAAAGCACACAGAACUAUCUUUGGAAAACUGAAGAUGUGCUGGGUCAAGGCGCCACUGCCAGUGUGUUCAAAGCCCGCAACAAGAAAUCUGGAGAACUGGUUGCUGUCAAAGUCUUCAACAAUGCCAGUUAUCUGAGACCUCAGGAAGUGCAGAUAAGAGAGUUCGAGGUGCUGAGGAAGUUACAUCACCAGAACAUCGUCAAGCUCUUUGCAGUGGAAGAGAUUGAAAACAGCAAACAGAAGGUGCUGGUGAUGGAGAACUGCUCAGGUGGAAGCUUGCUGAGCCGGCUAGAAGAACCAGAAAAUGCCUUCGGCUUGUCGGAAGCAGAGUUCCUCAUAGUGUUAAGUUGUGUAGUGGCUGGUAUGAACCAUCUUCGUGAGAAUGGGAUUGUUCACAGAGACAUUAAACCAGGAAAUAUCAUGCGACUAAUUGGAGAAGAUGGACAGAGUAUCUACAAACUGACUGAUUUUGGAGCUGCCCGAGAACUGGACGAUGAUGAAAAGUUUAUAUCUGUUUAUGGGACAGAAGAAUAUCUUCAUCCAGACAUGUAUAAGCGAGCAGUGCUGAAGAAGCCCCAGGAGAAGGCUUACGGGGUGACUGUAGAUCUGUGGAGUAUUGGGGUAACCUUUUACCAUGCGGCCACAGGUAGCCUCCCAUUUAUCCCUUUUGGGGGACCGCGCAGGAACAAGGAAGUCAUGUACAAAAUCACAACCAAGAAACCUACAGGAGCUAUAGCAGGCAUCCAAGAGCAAGAGAAUGGGACCAUUCAGUGGACUUAUGAACUGCCAAUCACUUGCCGGCUUUCUCUUGGACUGAAGAGACAACUUGUCCCCAUCUUGGCAAACAUCCUAGAGGUGGAUGAAGAGGAAUGCUGGGGCUUUGAUCAGUUCUUUGCUGAAACCAAUGACAUCGUGCAUAGGACAAUAAUCCAUGUCUUCUCCUUGCCGCAAGCUGUGAUACACUGGGUCUACAUCCACUCCUACAACACAGCAACCAUAUUCCUAGAAGAAGUUUUCAGGCAAACCAAUAUACCCCCUCACCACCAAGAGUAUUUCUUUGAGGGCUACUCAUAUGAACUGGAGCCUAACCUACAAGCUCGUAAUUUCUCCAGGACCACAGAAACUUGCCCUCUGAUCUUACUGAGCACAGAACCAGAAGACCAGGUGGGACUGCGAUAUAGAGAUCCGGCUUUGGAGUUCCCAAAGUUCUUCCCGAAGGUUGAUGUUGUAGCAGAUUGCAGUACAGCAAAGGAUGUCCUGAGUGCAACUCAUCAGACACUGAGGAUAUCUCAAUCACUUCAACAGUGUCAAGAGCUUGUCCUCAGAGGCCAGUACUGGGUGUGCGAGACCCUGAAGGCAGAAUGGCUGAGGAUUCUGGAGAAGAAGCAAACUGUGACAGCAACACUCAGCUGCUUGCAACAAGAUGAGAUGAAGAUCCUCCUGUUGUAUGAGUCUAUUGCUGGAAAUGGCGAGCUUCCAGAGAUUAAAGGGCUAGCUGAACUGAAAACAAGACUUCAAGCUGUCAGUGAAGAGAUUUCCUGGUGUUCCCACAGCACCUCUUCUGAAUACCAAGCAGUGGUGCGAUGUAUUUUGUGUGAAGUGAGGAAAAAAAUCAGUCAAAUGAAAGAAGACAGAAGCAUCCAGCAGAUGGAGGCCUGCCUUGCCAAGAUGCAGCUCAUCUACAACCAGUUCAAGAAGAAUCGGAAGCACUUAAGACUGCCCUACAAUGAACAGCAGAUCCAUAAGCUGGAUAAGCUGAAUUUAGGACAUUUAGCCAAAAACGUUCUUUCAGUUUUCCAGGAUAAUUGUGUUCAACAAUACCAAGCUGCUCUUUUGGCACAUGGGAUCAGAAUGAGGAAAGUGUUUGAGAUACGGAAAUAUCUGAAGAAGCUGAACAGAUCUUUAACUACCUGUAGUGCUGAGAUGUCAGGAUGCCAGGAUUACCUCCAUAAAGCUUUGGAUGAAUUACCUCAGAGACUCCUUAGAGUCAAAAAGACAUCUUCUGCUCCUGCACAAGUUUACUUGACUGAGAAACACCAGGAUGUGCUGUUUGGAAUGCAAGAGCUUCAGGACCAGAUGAAAGUAGUAGCUCACAAUCUGCAGCGUAACAACAGCAUCAUCCAGAGGUUUAAUGGUGGUGCAUUCACACCCAGCCUGUAAAGGAGAGGAUAAUUUGCAGACCCUGAAACAAGACUAUAGUGUGGACAAAUCAAUUUCAUCUAAGACACCAACAUUCAACCUUAAAGAUGUCAAUAUAUUCUACCUCUCUUCUCUGGCUUUGAGUCGUCGGUGCAGCCAAUUUGUAUAAUCUGAUAUUUUAGCCAAAUGUGUCUGAUUUUUUCAUAGAGGAAGAAAGAAUGAAAGUUUGUUGUAUUCUUUAUUUUUGCCACCUCCUGUUCUCUGCAGCAGAGGAGGAGGUGGUUAUUUCCUAGCUUUUGUCAACUUUGGAGCUUUCAAGCAGGUAUUUGCUGAGCAAAGAGUCAUCUGUGGAUUUCUAUUCAUCAUAUAAAAGGCACAGGUGCCCUGUCAGAAAAAGGCUUGCAAGCUUACUCUGCUGCACUGUCUACUGUUCAGAAAAAUAAAUGAAUAUCUCCUUAGCAAAAUAAUAAGCAUCAGAGUUACUCUGGUAAAUUCUGAUGUAUUGCUUGGCCCAGGGAAGGACUUUUUGAAACAAUUCCUUUUUGAACAGUAUGCAUUACUUUAAUUCUGAUUAACUGGAAUUAAAAAUCCACUGGGAUGAUACAGGAAAUAUCCUUCAGCAGAAAUGGGCUGGUAAUGUAGUGCAAUUAGUGCUCAAGUGGUUCCAAAUUUUAUGUCUCACCAGUCUCCUGAUGUCAUGUUCCUGGGUCAACUGUAGCUAAUUGAGAGGACCUCCUGGACCUCAGCGGCUUUCGAUACCAUCAACCAUGGUAUCCUCCUGGGACGUCUCUCCGGGUUGGGACUUGGGGGCAUGUUUAUAUGGUGGCACCGCUCCUACCUGGAGGGUCAUACUCAGAAGGCGGUGCUGGGGGAUGCUUGCUCCAUUCCUUGGCCUUUGGCCUAUGGGGUGCCACAGGGAUCUAUUCUGUCCCCCAUGCUGUUUAACAUUUACAUGAAACCUCUGGGAGAGGUCAUCCAUUCUGACUCAGAUUUUGCCUCUGUCCUUGGCUUUCUGACUAUGCAUUGGAAUCUGGAAUGCUGUAUUGCCCUUGUCUGCUCCCUUCUGCUUAAUGGUCAGGAUGGAACUUUUGUUGAAAAGUGGUGUAGUAGUAGUAGUAGUAGUAGUAAGAGUCCUGCUGGAUCAGACUAAGGGUCCAGCAGUCUAUUUCUAAGAGAGCCAGCCAGAUGUUUCUUGAUGUUUCUGCACUUCCCCUGCAGCAGUUGUUUGUUCUCGGCAUCUGGUAUUCAAAUGGUUUAGGUACAUAGGAAGCUGCCAUAUACUGAGUCCGACCACUGGUCUAUCUAGCUCAAUGUUGUCUUCAUAGACUGGCAGCAGCUUCUCCAAGGUUGCAGGCAGGAAUCUCUCUCAGCCCUAUCUUUGAGAUGCCAGAGAGGGAACUUGGAACCUAGAUGCUCUUCUCAGAGUGGCUCCAUCCCCUAAGGUGAAUAUCUUACAGUGCUCACAUGUAGUCUCCCAUUCAAAGACAACCAGGGUGGACCCUGCUUAGCUAAGGGGACAAGACAGACAUGCUUGCUACCACAAGACCAGCUCUCCUCUCCAAAGAGUUUAAUUUCCACUCCUCUCUGUUUCAUUCCCACUGAGGGGCCAGUCCUCUAUUAAUGCAUCUGAUCUUUUUUUCAUAAGAAUUGUCCUGCUGAAUCAGACUAAGGGUCCAUCUAGUCCACCAUCCUAGCUGGUGGUCAGCCACAUUCUUUUGGGCUGCUCACAAGCAGGACACCCUGAGCUCUUGCUUAAGUGCCUUGCAGGACUAUACAAAGGCAUAUCUAUUCCAGAAUUCUUUGCGAAAAUCCUAGCAACCAACAAGCUUAGGUUGGUCGACCAGAAAUUGGCCAGUAGUUAUCAGUGGGCCAUGAUAUAUAUUCUACCCAUCCCUGCCCUGUUGGGGCACCAGCCUUCCAAGAGCUACCUCCCUUGAAGAAAGAACAAUUUGCCCUCUAAAGUAAGCAAUAGACAAUAGUUUUUAAGAGAUGAAAGUGCUAUCAUAGAGGCAUGAUUGCAAGUGGUGUAGUGUGUGUAGACACAGACACCAUGAAAAUGAUUUUUUUUGUUUGUGCAUUUAUAUCCCACUCUUCCAAGAAGCCCAGAGCAGUGUACAUGGUUAUGUUUAUACCCACAACAACCCUGUGAGGUAGGUUAGGCUGAGAGAUAAGUGACUGGCCCAGAGUCACCCAGUGGGUUUCAUGGCUGAACAGGCAUUUGAACUUGGGUCUUUCUGGUCCUAGUCCAACCCUCUACCAUUACCUCUUUGAACUCACUGAAACAAACUAUUGUUCAUGUCCAGCCUAUGUUAGUAAAGGCAGAGUCUCUCUUAACUCGUAUCUACAAAGAGUUUGUGCGAAAUAAAGCCAUAUAUCCCGAUGAUCUAUGGAUACCAAAUUUUGCAUACACAUUCCUGCCACUGAAAUUAGCUGAAUGCAAUACUUCUUACACCAGAAUCUGCCUGGUGAAUGUUCAAAUAAUGUUUUUGUAUUUUUUCAAGGAAAUUCUGAAUAUACUUCUCAGUUACCUAUAGAUGCUAAAUUUUGCAUCAACAAACCUGCCACUUAAAUUAACUGAAUGUGCUCCUUUUAAAACUGGAUUAUGGUGGGGGAAAGGUUUGAUUUUUUUUAAAGAUGACAUUCUGUUAUUAAACAUGUUAGUUUUCAACAUAUUUUUAAUAAUCAGAUCAAUAAUUGCAAAAUGACAACAUGCCUAAGAGAAGUGGAAGAUCUUCUCAGAUUCAAAUGUACUGUGAUUUACCACAUAUGGUAAUGAUUCAAUAAAAUGAAUGUUUGAAGUUGAAA